AUGGCCUCAACCAGCCUCGUGAUCACCUCCGUCAUGGUCCUUCUCCUCGCCUCCCACCACGUGACGAACUGCUGCGGCCCCGGACGCCGUUCCGGCCGCCGGACGCGAGCCCGCAAGCUGACCCCUCUCGUGUUCAAACAGCAUGUGCCAAACGUGUCGGAAAACACGCUGGGUGCGUCGGGACUGAACGAAGGACGCAUCUCCCGCGACGACCCCCGCUUCAGGGAACUCGUCCCCAACUACAACGAAGACAUCAUCUUCAAAGACGAAGAGGGGACCGGGGCCGACCGACUCAUGACCCAG